GCGAGAUACUUAAGCUCAACCGACGCAUCCUGCGCACACGUGUUAUGCUUGUUUUUCAGCUCUGUGGAACCGCAGGCCCUAUGACUCCCACGCAGAUCGGGCGUGCAGUGAGUGGUGCAUCAUCUCAAUCUCGAAGCAGCGCCCGGUGUCAAGUGAGCUCGCGCGUCCCUUGAUCCGGACCAUAUACAGAACCUUCUCUUCCCCGGGUUUCAUAUAUACUACAAAACACGCGGACAGCGCCAGAUUCUCGUCCUUUGUUCUUUCCUUCCUUCCUUCCUUCCUUCCUUCGACGACCGUCGCAGCCUAGUCUGCAGCCGUCCUGUACUUCUUUCAGUCCCCUCCAAUCUUCUCUUCCUACGCCUGUACCUCUUCCCAAAAACCUUCCCUGAUUGUGCUACGAUGGUCAGCCAAAAUCCACUGUUCUAUGGCGGGUGGUCGAUCAAGAAAUUCAAUGCGACGGUCAUCAACGAUAUAUGGCCUGAGACGAUGUUCUUCACGCUUGUAGCUACCAUGGUGGCACUGAUUACGAAAAUGAAGAUAUACAACCUAUCCGUGAACAGCAGUCUCCUGACAGUGCUGGGUACUGUCUUGGGUUUGGUCAUCAGUUUCCGGACGUCUUCGGCCUACGAAAGGUAUCAAGAAGGCCGCAAGAUGUGGACCAACAUCCAGAUUGCCUCCCGGAAUAUUGCUCAGAUUAUCUGGAUACACGUCCCGACUGAUCGUGUCGACAAGGACAAGAACCAGCUUACCACCGUGCAGAGCAUCAUCGAGAAAAAGUCCAUGAUCAACUUGGUGCAGGGGUUCUCCGUCUCUGUCAAGCACUUCCUUCGUGGCGAGACUGGCAUCUACUACGAGGAUCUCUUCCCGCUCAUUUGCAUCCUGCCUCGGUACGCCAGCUCCGGUUCUGGCGCCACAGCGGUCCCGCCGACCGACGCCGACAUGCUCCCGCUCUGGGCUGCGUCCGAAGACGAAGAACACUGCCCGCUGCGUGACGCUCCACCCCCAUCCCGGUCCACCACCCGAUCUGGCACAGCGGCCGUCUCGAUCGCGUCUGAGCACAAAUCGCGCAGCUGGUUCGGCUCAUCGAGGAAGACCACGCCGUUCGAUCCCGAAAAGGCUCUUGCGGAUGUCCAGGCUCAUCGCGAGCUCAAGCCAGCGCGCAACCCGCCGCCGCUGUCGUUCUUCGACUUCUUCCCGUUCUUGCGCAUCUUCGCUGUCUUCACCAAGUGCUUUAGCCGGCGCAGUAGGAAGGGCAAAGCCCAGGUCGAUGCUAAGGGGAGGAAGAUCAAGCCGGCCUUAGCAGAGAGCAAUGUGCCGCUGGAGAUCACGAUCUAUCUGAACAACUACCUCGCCUACCUUCUGCGCAAUGGCUGGCUGCAGCCUGCUUUUGCCACCGGUAUGAUGAACAACGUCGCCAGUCUGCAAGACACGCUCUCCAAUCUGGACCGUAUCGGAUCGACGCCGCUGCCGUUUGCGUAUCAGGCCCACCUGCGCAUGUCGCUCUGGCUCUAUCUCUUGCUGCUUCCGUUCCAGGUCGUCGGCCCGCUCGGUUACCUGGUCAUCCCGGGCACAGCCUUCGCGUCCUUCUUGUUGCUCGGAUUCCUGGAGAUUGGACAAGAGAUCGAGAAUCCAUUCAACUACGAUCUGAACGACCUCGACCUGGAUAGCUUCUGUCUUGCUAUCCAGCGCGAGCUGCACGAAGUGACGGCUCACACCACGCCCGACCCACAGACAUUCCUGUUCUCUUCGUGGAACCAACCGUUCGCUCCGGCCGACCGACGCAGUGCGGAAGAGCUGGUCGCGCUCCAGCCCGACUACGUCCAUACGGCGCAUCCGGACUCUGAACCUGGGAUGGCGACCAUCAGGAGAACGCUGCUCAAGAACUGGCGAGAUGUAGAUCGAAUGACCCGGGAGUACUAGGGACUGUGGAUAGCAAGCUUGUCAGCGGGUCUGGUUGCUUCUCGAUGGUCUCGAUAGUGUAUUGACAUGUUGUACACAUGUAAACGGUUGUGAGAACAGCAAUGCCAAUGUAGUGCCCUUGUAUCA